AUGUCACUGGCUCAGAACCAGCGGCCUGAUUCAGAAAUUGAUUUCAAUACACAGCCAGAGAAUAAGGCUGCAUACGCAACGCCUUCACCGCGGAGCAGCGACCCUAAUACUGAGUCUGCUCCUGUUGAUACGGGCACGCUUGUCGUCAAGAACGAAGGAACCAGCUAUAUUGAUAGCGCUAAUUGGCGUGCCAUUUUGGAAGAGAUUAAUGGCGUGAAAGAAUAUCUGGAUGAAAAUCAAGGAAAUUCUGAAGAUGAAGACGUUGAACCUGAUGAUAUGGACAGCUCGUCCCCAGUCUUGCUACUCGGGAAUAGUAAGCCAGUGAGCAAAGAGGAAGUGCUUCUUGACAUUCCUCCACGGUCGAUAGCCGAUCGUUUAGUAUCACGCUUCCUGAAGACGUCUGAGCCAGCACGCAUUGCAAUUCAUGUGCCGACGUUUCACAAAGAAUACGAGCAGUUUUGGCAUCACCCAGCCAAAAAGUCUUUUACUUGGAUUUCUCUCUUGUACUCGAUCUUGGCAUUGUCUGUCUCAAUAUACCACCGGAGCGCGGAGCCAUUGCCUUCUGACCUGGCAAAUCCUAUGACAUUAUGGGCUAUAUUUCGAAAAAGGUCCUCAGAAUGUCUCAUUCAAGCAAACUACAUCACCCCAGGGCGGUACAAAGGAGAAGCGCUGCUGUUUUACUCUCUGACCGAGUUUUAUAGAAGCCAAGAUGCACAGAUCGGAGUGUCAUACUUGAUUGGGAUCACUAUCCGGUUAACCAUGCGCAUGGGCUACCAUCGCGAUCCGAGUCAUUACCCCAUGCUAUCAGCAUUUGAGGGGGAGAUGCGCAGGCGUCUUUGGGCAUUGCUUACCCAACUCGAUACUUUAAUUUCUUUCCAAAUUGGUGUUCCUAGAACCAUCCAACCUUGGCAGUACGACACUGAGCUACCGUCAAACAUGCUGGACACUGACUUCGAUGAGAAUUCGGCUAUGCUGCCAUCUGAAAGACCAAAAGAGGAACGAACAGACUGCUCUUACACGAGGGCCAAAGCUCACAUCAUGAGAGUUUUUGGACAGAUCACAGAUCUGGCAUUUUCUCGAGAGCACUCGUCAUACGACGAGAUUCUAGAGAUUGAUCGCCGCUUGGAAAUGGCGCAUGAUAUAAUUCCUUCCUUCCUACAAAUUCGGUCCAUGACGCAGUGUAUCGUAGAUCCUGCGGAUCUGAUCAUGCGUCGCUUCACAUUGGAGCUCUUAUACCAGAAAGCACGCCUUGUCUUGCACCGCCGAUACAUUGGCGAGACAAACCCGAAAUUUGCAUACUCACGAUCAGUCUGCCUGACGGCUGCUCGCGAGGCUCUUCGAUCACACACUGAGAUUUGGACUGAAUCACAGCCUGGCGGUCAAUUGUACGCCGAGCGGUAUUUCCUCAAUUCUCUUCAAAAUACCGACUUCUUACUGUCGGCAAUGAUUCUUUGCCUUGGGCUUUCCCAAGACGAGGAGCGCGGCGAUGCUGCGCGCCUUCAGCCCCACGAACGUUCAGAUUUCUUCCUUCUUCUAGAAACUACUCAACGCAUAUUCAUGGAGUCACAGCACCAGUCAGUAGAUACGCAGCGGGCAGUAUUGGCCCUGUCUAUCAUGCUCAAGCGUGUGAAGGACGCCGAUUCUCAACGGUCUCACUCUAUCGCCCAAAGCAUAGGAUCAGCGACAAGCCACAGUCCAUUCCCGGUAGCCAGCCAAACAGCAUUGAGCAAUGAGCAAUUCCCAAUGUACGCGGCGAACUACGAGACGCCGCGUGUAAUCCCAAGCACCGCUGGAACACCAUCCUACACCUCACUUGGGGUUAUUGAAGAAAUGCUAGAUGGACCUGCUCAACUCGACUGGCGUUUGUACGACAGCCGUAUCUCGGGGGUAGAAAUGGCAACCAACAACAAUGUCUGGUAUUCUGAUGCCCCUGCGACUCCCUCCUCGGGUCCUGCGACUUGCCAGUCGUCCAACUGCGCCCUCCCCCUACGCCAAAAUGCGCGCAGGGUACCGCAAACACUCCGAACGAUAAGCACAUCACAAAGACCAAACAUCCAGUCUUCCCCCAAUGGGAACAAACUCACCCGACGAGCCUUCGGACUCCCAUCACUAUCAUCUUUCCUCCCCUCAAACGGCGGCAACAACUCCCCGCACCGCGUCUUAACAGCAACCCGCAACCUCCCCUUCAACCCAGCCCUCCUCUACAAAGUGAUUUCCUCCGUCGAAUCCUACAGCCAAUUCCUUCCCUUCCUGACCGCCUCGACCGUCACAGCUCGCGACCCUGAAACGGGCUACCCUACGCAAGCAUUCCUGACAGUAGGCUACGGCCCGCUCAGCGAGACAUUCACGUCGCGCGUGGACUGCGAUGUCGAGAAAUUGACAGUUGAGGCUAAGAGCGGGGACAAAUAUGGGAAGGAAGCACAAGGAACCCAGAACGACAAGGCUUCUGGGCUCGGUGGAUUGUUCCCUGGUGCUAGUGAGGGCCUCUUUGAAUAUCUCUCUACGAGGUGGGAGCUUGUGCCCAUCACGCCUGCUGAGGCUCAAGGUGGACCGAUGACGAAAGUCAAUCUCGAGGUGCGGUUCGAAUUCCGCUCACAGAUGCAUGCUACUAUCAUGAGUUCUGUUGAGGGGCAGAUGGCUGGAGUUAUGAUUGAGGCUUUCGAGAAGCGGAUACGCGAGGUUGAGGGGAAAGGAUUGUAA